AUGAACAAGAAGGACCACUCGGAGGCGGAGGCCGUAAAGGGAAGUGUUGAGUUGCAAAAGAUGCCAGAGCCCGGUGAUGCAGCGGUGGAGUUCAAUGAUUGGAUGUAUGUCACCGAGCAGAUGCUAGGCGCCUUGACGGAUAAUGCAAGUGCUUGGUUUGGUCAGUGCCUUCAGUGUGCAAGAGAGGCCUAUGUCAAGUACCAGAAUGCGUCAGCGCUCGAGCGGCUCAGCAUAAGCCCUGACCUCACUGACUCUUUGAAGGACCCGAAGUGGUUUCGUCUGGAGCGUCGUGUUCUUUCGCUCCUUUUGGCGGCAAUGCCAAGGGCGGUGAAGGAGGACACCAUCACACACCGCAUAGAGUCCGUGGCGGGUGUCCUUUAUAGACUUCAUGUGAUCUACCAGCCAGGUGGCGCUUUGGAGCGCACAGCAAUCUUGAAGCACCUGGAGGGCACUGUGGGACCUGAAGAUCCUGGUGAGGUUGUGGCUCAGCUCAGACGAUGGCGAAGGCAUCUCGCAAGAGCUGAGGAGAUGGCAAUCGCGCUACCAGACGCUAGCCUGCAGCUCAAGGGAUUGGAAGCCAUAACCUUCAAGGCCCUUGAAAGGCUCCCGGAUGUGAAGUUCAGGUUGGCCUUGGCAAAGAAUGAACUCAGAUUGGCUUCGUCACCUACGGCAGAGACGGUCUUGAAGUACUACCAGCACCUUUUGGCGGAGCUACAACAGGCCAUUCCCAACAACAAGCCGGACCACGCCAAGCUGAAGGGAGCUACAACAGCCUCGAACACCGGCCAAGGGCUGAUCGAAAGCAGCGGUGCUGGUCCUGUGGAGCCACGGGGCACCGACAACAAGAAUGCCCAACAACCACUGGGGGAGGUUCAACAGCCACCGGCGGAGACCGGGACGGCUGGGGCGCAAGCACAACCAGAAGCCGCAUCAUCAUCGUCUUCGGCAUCUAUGGCGGCAACUGAGGCGGCGACGCAGCGUGAGGAAAUGAAGAAGUUACUGCGUGAAGCAAGCUCCAUGCUGAGCAAAAUCCAGCUGAUGACAAUGAAGGUGGAGGACACUAACAAGGCCGCCGAGGACCUGGAACUUCUGCUGAGGUCUGCCGGAAUGGACCAGCAUGGAUUGGCUCUUCUAGAUUCGGGUGCGUCCCACCCCUUUCGCAGUCCGGUGGAUACAAAUGAGCUUGAGGCGGCGAACAACGUUGGCGUGGAGUUAGCGGACGGCCAAAUGGUGGAGUUGAAGCAGACGAACACCGGAACAUUGCUCAAGGCAAAGAGUGAAACCACACAAGCGCCAAUAGUGCCUCUUGGGGCGCUGGUGCAGCAGCUGGGAUGCUCAAUAAGCUGGUCAAAACGCCAAGGUCUUCGCGUUGUUCAUCCUGAGCACGGUGACCUUCAAGUGAAGAUGCGAGGGACAUGUCCUUACAUCUCUGAACUCGAAGCCUUGAAGCUUAUCGCGGAGAUUGAAGAUAAGAAUUUGGAGAGGUUGCAACAGACUACAAUGAGGAGUCUGUGGACCACCUCCUCCUCUUCUUCCCCACUCCCUUGGAGUGCAUACUUGGAGGCCUAUGUGGAAACAGGAAGGAGAAGCAGCGCUCUGGCGGCCAUGAUGGAUCCCAGCUUUCCACUCAAUCUGGAAACCGUGACGGAUAGGUUCAGCUUUGUGGGCUCCGAGGACAUCAACUUGAGCGAUGACGCAGGCUUUGGGUACUUGAAGUCGCUACCCGUGAACCGGAAGUUCAGGAGAAGGCUCCAUGGGUCACGAUGGAUUGUUCAUCUCUACGAUGGAAAAAAUGAGACCGCCUCCCAUGAGUUGAAGAAGUUCGAAACUGAGGACAUCGUGGUCUUGGAGAUUGACUUACAGCGGUCCAAGAUGUACAACCUGAAGGGCUGGAACAAUGUUCUUCGGGCCCUAAUGUGGGCGGGAUGCCGGGGACAGCUGGAAGGCAUCCUUGGAGGACCUCCCCGAAGAGAAGGUGAUGAGCUCAGGAGGAAGCUGAUGUACACUUGGAUGGUGGCUGAAAAAGGAGCAGCGGUCAACAACCUCAAGAAGCCCUUCCUCUUUAUGGAGUACCCCGGUGAGAUGGCUUGGUGGAAGUCAGAUGAGUGGAGGAAUUUCCGGGAUGAGUAUCAGCUGUCCCAUGUGAGCUUGGAGGCAGGCCAGGGCCAAGUGUUCCACGCCGCAACAAAUAUGAACUUUGUCAACCAUGUCAAGGAGCCCAGGGUUGAGAAGGGAGUAUCUACCAAAUGGACAACAAGCUUGCUAAGGGCAGUGCGCGAUGGGAUGCUGGAAUGGAACAAGUGGCCAGAUCAAGUACGUCAGGCCCAGCUUCUUUGCAAAAUGGAGGGACGUUUGGAGGACAUGUCCGAGAAAGAGCUCAAGCAAUGGGCCAAGCAUGUUCGGGAUGGACAUGUCCCGUUCAACAAAAGGACCAGAGGAAUCGACGCUGAUGGCAAGUACCGCUAUGCACUUGUGGGUUCAUACUGUAUGCCGAGGCUUGAGGGAUACAAGGAUGUGGACAUUCCUUUGGAGUUGCCGAAG